AUGGCUCGUUGCUGGGAACGGGGCCAGCCGCGGAAGGAUCCGGUCUGGAAUGACGUAGUCGUGGCGGACGAUGUCGUCUCGUGUAAGAAGUGCGAGCGUAUCAUCCACCUGCUGGGAGAGACGCAUGUCGAACGCGUCCGCGACCACUUCAAGCGCAAGGGCUCCAAGCGACCUUUUGCGCUGUGGUUCUAUUCCACGGGUAUGACAUUCAACAAGGUCAAUCACGCAACGCUGGUGAAGGCGAUGGCUAUCCUUAACCCUGGCGCCGUCCUCCCCACCCCCCGCGAGCUUGCGACCACUUUGCUGUGCGGAUCGUGCGGCGAGUUGAAGCUGGUCAUGGUGCACCGUGUGGCAGGAAAGAAGUGCGACAAGAGCGUUGUCGACUACAUGUUGAUAUGCGAGGACGAAACCUACUUCCUGGGCUCCGUUGAAGGAGUGGCUGGGCUUGGUUGCGCUCCGGGUCGAAUUCCUGAGCUUCUGGCUGACCUCUUCUUCUGGCUGCACGACACGCUGCGGGUCGUGUUGGCGUUCUAA